UCAAUUGAGCAAAUCAAAUACUGUCAAACACACAGAAUAUGAAAAGCUAUGGUAUUAAAAAAAACCUUCACACAUUUGUUUUUUAAGUGAGGAAACCUGUUGCUAGUUAGAUUUUAUAUCUUGACACAUUUGCUGUUGCAGAAUGUAAAAUGUAGGCUAGACGAUGAGAAAAAAAAGUGUAGGGGAAGGCUUUGCUAAAUUUCUUCGUCUCUGGACCACUUCCUUUAAAUCAGCUUGAGCAUGCAGUUGUCACUUUCAGUUAAAAACCUUUAGUGCUUUGAAGAGCCUCUCAACUGAAGUCUUUAGGAAACUGCUGGUAAAACCGUAUAUGGAACUGCUUCAGUUUUAGUGAACAGGGUUCUUGUUUUUUUGAAGACAUGAGGUCAGUCAAAGCUCAGAAUCAGAAAGACUUUAUUUUCAUUCUUAUACUUUGGAAUAUUUGCAUAACACAAGGAAACGUCAAAGAUCAUUUCCGCUUCUGGCUGGGAUGUCAAGCUGUCAUACCCUGCAGCAACCGCGACUUGGACUCGUUCAAAUGGUUUUACAAAAAGGAAGAAUACAGUGAUCAAACUGUGUUGUUGUCUAAAGACAAAAAAGGAGUAAUAUUUCGUAAAAAUCUUUUCACCAAAAAACUUAAUUUAAAAAAUGCCAACUUAGUCAUCAGUUCUUUCACGGAUGAUGAUCAGGGCAUGUAUUGGUGUGAAAUCUGCCAUCAAAGUAACUGCAGCAGGAAAGAGUCAAACAUCAUCAGCGUGAAAAAAGAAAUUCUAGAUGAAAGUCAGAGGACGGUUAACAUCCUCGCAGGCACCAGCUUUAACCAAGAAUGCUCAGGCAACUUUUCUUCUUUCGAAUGGGUUUUUGAAGCAGGUACUGCAACUGCUUUCAGGAAAACACAGAGGCCAUUUUCCGUCACUGUGACUUCCAACAAGUCCAUAUAUAUUCCAAAUGUAAAUAUUACAGAUGCUGGGAAAUAUACGUGCUUGGUGAGUCGGUGUGGGGGUCCAAGUCAAAAAGUGCUUACUGUCAACUUAUGCGUAAUAACAGCAGUGAUCCCUGAUAAAGGUUCUCCUGUGUCGUGUGCUGUGGUGUGUGAUGAGGAAUUCAAUAAAAAAAGUCAUGCUUGGAGUCAGAUGAUGAACAUAACAGGGAUAUUGAUGCAUGUGGAUGGAUCUGGGAAAUUAACCUGCAAUGCAAGUCAGAUGUUCAAGGCAGAUGAACAUUCAACAGUUACCAGCAGUUAUGUGUCAACAACUGCAUUUAGCAAAACAACAGGAAUGUCCACAGAAAAGGAAGACUGGAGUGGACUUGUUUGUGGCGUGUUGGUUCCUUCUGCUUGUUUGAUUUUAAUUUUAAUGUUCUGCUUGAGAAAAAGACUGCAGUCUGCAUUUCCUUUGCUUUGCACUUGCUGUGUUUUCAGAAGAUGGACAAGUGUGGAAGAAGAACCCUCCAUUGUUUAUUCCUCAAUUGCCUUUAGAACCCCUGCAAAGACCAACGGCCGUGAAUUAGCCCACAAUGAAACCAUUUACAGUGAAAUAAAAUUCACAAAAAGCAGUUUGGAUAGGUUGAGCAGGUAAUUGUUGCGAUAUUUUAGCAGUUCUGAAGUUGCCUUAACAUGGAUUCUGUUUUGUGAGUUGAAGUAAACUUCACCCUACAAGGUCCAAAAUGGAAACCCUUAGAAGGGUUUUUUCCAUUGUGUCAGAAAAUGAAUAACUGCUUGCUAAUUAUCUUUAUGAAAUAUAGCAUUGCUAUGUGUCUGUACCUGAUAAUGUCAGCAAGUGCUUUGAAAACAGAAAACAAGAUCCUUUAAAGGAUUCUGAACCAUUAUUUUUUCUGACACAAAUUUAGUUAAAUAUUUUGUCUUUAAAGGCUUCGGAAUCCGUCAAAACACGGUUUUCAUAUCUUUAUUAUUUUAUGUAUAAAAUAUGCAUCUGAUGGAAUGUUUGUCAUUUACUGUAAAAGGUUACACACAAAUCUUAACAGGUUUGUGAACCUCAAUCAGCCAAAAAAUAUAUCAGCAUGUUUGAAUUUUAAAUGUUUUAUACAAUUAAAAAUAUAUAUAUUUAAGACAAACUAGUGGUACUCAUAUUAUAAUUGUUCUGAAGAUGUUGCAGCAUCUGAGUUGUAAAAAGAAGGCCCACAGAGCUAGGCUUUUAUUUUUUUUUUUAGGUGCCAGCAAUUACUAUUACAACAUUUUAGUAUGAAAUCUACAUAUAUAUUUUUAUUAUUUUUAAAUGUGUGCAAGGUUUUCAAAUACAUUUAGUUACUUAUCUGCACUGAUAACUGUUUCAAUUUUUCAAACGCGUUUUGGUUUGUGAGUGUUUUUGUAAAUAAAAUGGCUUGCAACUGAUUUUUUAAAAUGUUAUUUAUUUAUUGUAUUCUUUUUUU